ACCUCUCUCAACUUCAAAUAAUGCCCCUUUCUUCCUCGAUCAUAAUGCCCAUACUUUUGCCCAUACUUUUAGAACAUCCAAAUACCCCUACAAUGCAAAAUUCCUCACAACUUGCCAAGACUGCUCUAUCACAGACAGUAACUAAAUUGGCCCUUUCUUCACCAGGUCUUCCUCAAUGGACCACUCUUCAAUCAGCACAGUUUUUGUCAAAUAACAACAGUCAUUCUUUGUCUGUUGAUAGUUCAAUGCAUGACUCUGUCUCUGAUGAUGAUGAAGAGAUUGAUCAGUUGGCAAAUGACAAGGACUUGUUUCCUCAAAGUGAUCAUGUGAAAGGCAAGUCAAAGUCACCUCACAAGUCUCACUUAGGCAAGAAGCAGGUUAGAUGGAGCCUUUCAACUAUCAAGUCUUUUGAUAAUUGGCAACCUGUUACCUCCAUUUCUUCAGGUUUGCUAGCAGUGCAUUCUGUUUUCACCAUUACCAGUCUUGCUCAUGAUGACCCUAUAGAUCACAGUGAGCUGGAUUCACUGCACAAACCUGCAUUCAAGCACUCCUUGAGUGAAAAAGUUCUGCAUAAUACUGCCGGCAGGACACAGAACAUAUUGAACAUCCAAAGUCCUUCUCUCAUCACUCUCUCCUCCUCUUCACCUACAUCCAUCAACACAUCCUCUAUGUACAACCAUUCAUCUUCAUCCAAAGUUCCCCAACAAACCUGGAUGACAAUGAAACAAUCCAUGCAAGACCGCUUAUUGAUAAACUUUGCAUGUCGCAGGGCAGGAUACCCUAAGAUUGCUGAAUCUGCUAUAUUCAGUGAUAGUGGAGAUGAGCAUGAAGCUGUUGAAGCCCUUCUUGACAUUCCAGAGGCUUCCGUGGAGGAACAGGAUGAUGAACAAAUGCAGGUGGACAACCAAGUUGGUGAUAGGGAUAGACAGGAUGUGGAGGAGGAAGCAACCUCAGAUACCAUUGGCAAAGAGGUUGAUAUAGUUUCUCAGAAGCCUAACAACACUGCCAAUGUCAUGCCCAACUUGCCGGCGGGCGCCCCACCUGAGAAUACCCUUCCAAGCACUCCAACGCUUCCCGAGACACCCCCUCAGGCUCAGCCGCCCAAACCUACUCCACCCAUUCUACCAAAUAUUCCGCCUACACCACUUUCCGCAUCCGACAUUCGACACAAGGCCUCAGCGGCCUCCCUUCUCGUACCAAACCACCGCAAGCGUCCCGCCGUCAUACUCCAGGGCUCAAACGGCACUCACUUCUCUUCGGCGCCUUCAUGUCUUACCGUCGCGAGGAGACACGCGAAAUGGACUGCAACGCAGAGAGUCCCGUCUCCAGCUCUAACUCCAGGUCAGGGCGCUCCGAAACGUCGGAAAAACGACAAGCGUCUUUUCUACCCAACUGACAAGUACGCAAAGCCUGUGGGACACGGGCCUUCUACGAAUAUCAACGACCGACUUGGGCUGGAAUGGAUGGGAGCGAUCGAGAGCUUGGAACGUGCCUUGGAAAGGGUGAAGAACAGCAGGGGGACCCCUGAAAGUCAACAAGCGAUGAAAGACUGCAAGGUGGCGUUGAAGGAAGCCAAAGACGCUAUUGAAAUUAUGGACAGUGGAAAGGCCCUCAUCUCGCCUUGGGUCAUAACGACCACGGGUAUUUUGGGCGUGAUGAAGCGCUUCGCGCAGGAUGACACUCAUAACGAGUGGUUUGUUGCUGUUCGCGAGCUUAGAGAGAAGGCGAAGGAGAUUGUAAUGGUCUGGGAGAAGAGGAUUAGCGAGGCAAAGUUAUAGCUCACCGUCUUUGUUGCUGAGCAAGAUGAAGGAGAACAACGGACACGUUUCUUAUUAUUUAUUGAUCCUUCAUUGUACAUCACCUUUUCUGCUUCAUAUGCAAAAUAUUUAUCCAACUGUC